CCGGGAAGAAGGCUUAAAGGGGAAAGAGCGGCAGCCGAGCCAAUCCUCGAGCUCAGAGCCCGACGCGGAGGCGGGAAAAGAAGGUCGCGGAUGUAUUUGGAAUGAACUUCGACCAAUCUUUGUUCGCAAAGCCCGUGGAGGCAAGGGAUUCCGAAGUGGUGGACCUGGUCAGCGACAGCGGCAGCGAGGGGGAGGCUGGCGCGAGCGGUGCCACCGGCGGCCAGGGCCCGGCUUAUUCUAGAGGUGGAGGCCGCUGCCGCCACCGCGACAGCGAUAGCGACAGCGACAGUGAGGAGGAAGGGGCCGGGGCUGCGGAGCGGCUGCGGCUUCGGCCCCCUGCCCCGCGGCGGCGGCGCCUUCUGCUGGGGGCAGGGGAGGCCCCCGUGGUCCCCGUAUAUUCGGGCAAGGUGAAGAGCAGUCUCCGCUUCUUUCCCACGGAUCUUAGGCAGCCACUGUUCACCGGAAGCCCUAGCGGGGAAGCUGUGGAUUUGGAUUCUGAUCAGUCCCUUUCUGAGGCUGUCGUUUUGCCAGUUUCUUCUUCAGAAAAGAAUCCAAAAGCAAAUGAUGAAAAAGAGAAGCAUUUUUUGGUGCGGGACAGUUCCUCUUCCCCUUCUCCCCCUCCCAGGCGACGUGGGCCAUCCAGGAGACCACCAAGAGCCUUUGCAAAGAUAAGGGAGGUGAAUAAGCGCUUGCAAAAUCUCCGGUCUUACCUGAGUUCCCUGUCACCCAAAGACCAUGUUUCUGAGAACUCUGAGGAUGACGUGAUCUUGGUGGAAGAGAACAAUGUUAGGGAGAGCCCCCGACUCUUAACUCUUAAAGUGAGGUGCCGGGCUGACCUUGUCAGAUUGCCUCUCAGCACGGCCGAGCCCUUGCAGGUCGUUGUGGAUCACAUGGCAUCUCGCCUAGGAGUGUCCCCUGCCCGAAUUCUUCUGCUGUUCCGAGAAGUAGAAAUUUCCCCUACUGCCACCCUCAGCUCUCUGAAGAUUGGAGUGGCUGACAUCAUUGAUUGUGUGGUCCUGUCCAGUACUCCUGAGCCUUCCAAAGAGUCAGAAUCGGGUGAGGAACUUCGGCUCAGGGUUCAGGGGCAAGAGAAACACCAGGUUCUGGAGGUCACUGUGCCCCGGGGCUUUCUACUUUACCUAAUCAUAGAAGGUUGAAACUGGAAGAAAGCUUAGAGGUUAGCUAAUUUAACCCUCUUUUUUAAAAAACCUAUGUGUGUUGGGUUCUUUAUUCUGAUCUUUUGUUCUAUUUUUUUUCCAGUCCCAGUUUUGUAAGUUACUGCUUUACAUUUGGAGAUCUGGUAGUGCUAAUUCCCUGUCAUCAGUUUUCUUUAUCGUAAUUUUGGAUAUUCUUAAUUUGUUGGUUCUACCAUAUAAAUUUUGUUCUGAUGAUAUAAUCUAUGAAAUAACCUAGAGGUAUUUUGAUUAGUAUUAUAUUAAAUCUAUCUGGUAGUUUGAGAACUUGUGCUAUAUUUGCUCCACCUAACCAUUUUCCAUAAAAAAUACUUUGGGGGUUGUCUUUGUACCUGUCUCUUGUAUACUGAGAUAAGUUAAUGCACAGAUAUUUGAUGUUUUUUAUUUAAUAACAUUUCUCUUAAAAUAAAUUUUAUUCUGGGUUAUGGUUAAUGCCCUUCAUUACAGAGGAGGAAACUGAGGCCCAGAGAGAGAAAGUAUGUUGUAGAAGACCUCCUCCAUAUGUCAGUGACAUUUAUUGUUAUUCCACUCCCACCAAAAAUUCUGUAUCACCUCUCUACUCAGAUCCCCACAAUCCUUCCUUUCUGGCUUAUGACACUUUCUUC